UUUCAUAACCUUUUUAUUUCGGUUCUACCGGUUGCGAUAUUCGCGUGUCGCUGAGGAUUGACGAAACUUCUUGCGUUUAGUUUACGGUUCUACGAUUCUGCGAGUUUUACGAACAACUGUACAGCGAAUUUAGGGUGUAUCUGUUCUCACAAUGUUUCGAUUACUUGCUUCGCUGCGCGCACAAAGUGGAACGCUGAUUGCCACUGCAACUAGUUCGCUGGUGAGAACUGACAACACAUUGUUGGCAAAAGGUGUCCGUAAUUUAACAGUGAGUUCAAAAUUAUUCAGCGAUGGGCCGCAAAUCCAGAAACCUGCUCCGGAAUUCUCUGGUACUGCGGUAGUUAAAGGUGACUUCAAGGAAAUUAAAUUGAGCGACUACAAAGGGAAAUACGUUGUUUUGUUUUUCUACCCGUUAGAUUUUACGUUUGUUUGUCCGACGGAGAUAAUUGCAUUUAGCGAAAAGGUCUCAGAAUUUAAAGCCUUGAAUACACAAGUGAUCGGAGUGUCUACAGAUUCGCACUUUAGUCACUUGGCAUGGAUUAAUACUCCAAGGAAGCAAGGUGGCCUUGGAGGAGAUUUAGGCUAUCCUCUUUUGAGUGAUUUCAAUAAGACCAUAUCAACCAAAUAUAACGUUUUGUUGCAAGAUUCAGGAAUUGCUCUCAGAGGUCUUUUCAUCAUAGACAAGGAGGGAGUUCUUCGACAGUUUUGCAUCAAUGAUCUUCCAGUUGGCAGAAGCGUCGAAGAGACGUUGAGAUUGAUCAAAGCUUUCCAGUUUGUUGAGAAGCAUGGUGAAGUAUGUCCUGCAAAUUGGCAGCCAGAUGCCAAAACCAUUAAACCAAAUCCAAAAGAUAGCAAACAAUAUUUUGAAUCAGUUAAUUAAGCAUGCAUUUAGGGGUUUUGUU